AUGGAUGGUGAAACAGGAAUCAUAAUUCUUGAAUGUUUUUUUCUUUCUUUUUUUCUAAAAAUAGCAUUACUUUCGGGGACAUUGCGAACGUUUCAGAAGACAACAUGUGAUUCGGAACGUGUAUCGUUGAGUUGUCCGCGUGGAACGAGCAUCUCCAUCGAAUUGGCACAGUACGAGAAAAAUGGAAUCGAUGGAUACAGUUUGUGUCCGACCGCAUCGACAGAAAUUGCGACUGGAACAGAUGCCACCGCUAAUGGUACAUCGUCGCACAGUACCAAUGACAUUGUCAGCCACCAAGAAAGCUGUCUCUGGCCCAAUGCAUUACAGUAUUCGCUGCUGCAAACAGCCAUCGAAGCUUGCCAAAAGAAAACACACUGCAAAUUCUUGCCCGCACCCAAGUCAUUUGGCGGAAAUCCAUGCCCGGGUAUACGAAAAAUCAUCGAAUAUGCUUACAAAUGCCGUCCCUACGAAUUUCGUAGUAAAGUGGCAUGCGAGAAUGAGGUCAUUCAACUUGUGUGCAAUCCAUUUUCACGAAUUGCGAUUUACAGUGCAAGCUACGGGCGCACCGAAUACGAGAGCAUUCAGUGUACUCAACCGCAAGGCAUCAAAGAAGAGACUUGCCUGGUAUCAUUCGCCACCGAGACUGUUAUGCAAUUGUGCCACGGACGGAGACGCUGUACCAUAUCCGCUGAUACACAAACAUUUGGCAAUCCAUGUCGUCCCGACUCUCGAAUGUAUCUCAAAACGGUUUACACAUGCGUACCGAGAAAAGUGUUGCUGGAAAGUUUCGAUGUGCCGAUGGAAUUGGAUGAACAAAAUCAACAGGAAUCCGAUUAUGAAAAUGAGCUUGAUGAAGACGAUGGACAUUAUAAAGAAGCAAUUCCACCAGCACCGAAAUUGCAAGGCACCGUACCACGAUCCGAUUCGAAUGCAACCAUUGCCAAGGGCAACGGAAUUGAUUCGGUAGACACCAAUAAUUCGGAUUCUAUUCAAAGAUCCUUUUCUGAAGCUCAUUACGACGAAAUAUUUUACAUCUGUUUGUUUUUUGGCAUCGCUGUGUUGAUUCUAUUGUGCUCAAUUAUGUAUGUAUUUGGUCGAAUCAUUUUGCACAAACGAAAUGCAAGCGCCAUGAAUUCGGGCGCGGUCAGCGUUAGCGAACUAUCAACCACCGUUGAUGCAAUGACCAAACUUCAAUCAUCCGAUACAAUUGUUGUCACAACAAUGACAACAACCGACAAUGAUACAACAGCAACAACAACCAAGAACACCAACAACACCAACAUUAAAUCCACCGGCAUCGCCAUAAACAACACAAACGAUGAAUGCACCGACAACACAUCCGAUAUCGAUCUCAAAACACCAAUGUCAAUACCCAGUAUAUCGAGCCGGAAUAAUCAGCAGCAUUUGUACAACACAUAUACGCCUAGUUCUUAUGGUAAUUUAGAGCCUAGCAGCAUAUCAUAUGCCUUAGUUACACCCGAUUUAUACAAUGGCAAUCAGACAAUGGCACUUCAUAGCACCAUGAUGCGACCCCCAUCCAAUCAACUAUCUACAUCCAAUGUUAAUGCUGCUACGGCCACUGGCAUCUACAACCAUACUUUACCACACAAUCUACGAACCUUAAAUAAAACAUUCCGGCCAACAUCGUCGUCGCCAAUACCGGAUGUUCCGCAUCACAUCUUAAUACCGGCAAAUCCAACGCAAACAUUGAACCGUCAUCUCUACCAUCUUAGUCCAUUGUCACCAAAUUCGUCAGCCACAUCAUUGCGAAAUACAUCAACAUUUUUGCCUGUUUCAAUCGCUGCCCAACCGCCGCCAACCGCUAUCAUACCAACUUCAAUCGUGACACCAACAUCAAUUCUACGGACAACCACAUCGCCUAGUCCAAAUACCGAAUCAAAUACAGCCACCUAUUUAUACGGGUGACUACAAAAACUCCGAACAAUUGUGAUAG